AUGUCCGGCGGCCGCAGGAGGGGCAGCGCCCCCUGGCACAGCUUCUCUCGGUUCUUCGCGGCGCGGAACCCUUCACGGGACAAGGAAGAGGAAGAGGAGGAGAAGCCGGGGACCGGCCAGCCGGCCGGCGCGAGCCGCGGUGCCGUCAGUGUUGAAAAUGAGCCCAUGAGCACAAGUAAGAAAAAGGAAAAUGCACUUUCAUCAGAAGCCAUAAAGAUUCCCCAAGGUGAGGACACAAGGAACCAUGCUGAGCAGCCAGCCAUUCUCCCAAUGGUGGAAGAUCCCCCAAAGCCAAAUGACUUUCCUAAUUCCACAUCAGAUGCCAAAACAGCAGACAAUGACCGACAGGGAAAAGAAAGCUUUUUUCAGUUUCUUGGGAACUUAUUCAAUAUCUCAGGAAAGUCAUCUCUUGGGGAAGUUAAACAGUCUUCCUUCAAAGAUGACCAGGAUAAACCUGAGAAAGACCCACAGACUCCCAGCGGCCCCCCUGAGGAAGGGAGCCAGAUGGAGAAGGAGAUGGCCAGCUGCACUGUGAGAACUCAGGCCCUUCCUGUGGACCAACAAGAGUCCAACUCCUCAGAACUCUCUGAUGCCUUUUCUUUGGAUACAACACAAGACAGUGAACAGGAAACCACUGAUAUGCCCAAAAAAAACACUGUUGGUAAACCAGAGACGCCUUCAGUAACAUAUGCAACCUAUCGAGGACCCGCACAAAUCAGGAAGUACUUGAAGCAACAGACUGUGUUGGGAACUGUGAAUCAAUCAGACAGAGGAGACGGAAGCACUGACUCAAGGACACAGGCCCACGCUGGCCCUGGAAGCACAGCACACACUGUGAUGGUCCCACUGUUGCCCGCCAGCAAAGAUGUAGCCACACAAGGACAUUCGCUUGGAGGUCCAUUAGGAGUCUCUAGCCAAAUAAAUAACAUCGAGAGCCAUCUGGAAAACGACCCAGAAUUGCAGAAUAUCUCUUUAUCUGAGGGUUUUUUAAAUGAAAAUAGCCAGGGAGGCUCUGGGAACAGUUGGGCUUCCCCUUCUUCUGUGUCUAAGCCCAGCUCAGUUGUUGGGGAAUCUGACUCACAGACUGAGAGCAGUUUGGUUUGUUCAUCGUUGUUUAUAGGAAGUAGAAGUAGCCAAGUCCCUUGUCCAGAAUUUCAGAGGAAAACUGCAACAGAAAACACACUGGGAGGAAACAGCUCCACCGUGAGUGAUGGGAUGUCAGUGCCGAGCGAGGAGCAUGUUGAGCCUCAGAAGCCUGCUGUUUCUGAUUCCUCUUGUUGUAAAUCAUCCGAUGGGAGUGCCGCUACCAAAGUGGAAAGUACAAAUUUGUCAAGUCCAAAUGAAUCAAUUAUGCAUGAAGAUGUACGGUUGCCAGAGAGUAAGUGUUGGGACAGGCCAGCUGCAGACAACCCAUCCAGGUGGAAUGUCAAUCACACCAGCAUUAAUGCUCUCCAGGGACAUGCUGUGACAGACGCAGAACUUGUAAAUGAAGGGAAGAGGUUACCUGCCCGAGACUCAGAGAGAAAUGUGGUUUCAGAAAACAUGCAAGGAACAGGAGGUGCCCCAGGGGGUGAGCCCGUGACUUUAAGUCCUGUAAGAGCCCCAGAAGACAGAAUUGAGUCCUUACCCAAAGAUACUGAGCCACUGUGUGAAACGGAAACUAGAGUGCUUGGUCUGGAGCCACAUGUCAAAACUCCUCCUGACGUGGGAAAAAAUCACAAGGACCCUGGUUCUUUGACAUGUGUCAGUGACUCAGCGGUCGUAGCACGCACAGAAAGGGAAAUAACACCCAAGCUGAAUUUUGAACUUAACAGAAAUCUCAUUUCUGAAUCUUCUUUUCCCUUAGAGAAUCCUCAACAAGCCAAAGUCUUCCCUGGUGCUGAGACACCUCUUAACCUGGACUGUAAAACUUCUGAUGGCAGCGCCUCACCUCCAACCUCUGUUUCUGGAGUGGACAGGCAUGACAAGUUGGGUUUCUCCGGUUUGAAGAGUGAGAGACCUCCAUUCAGUAAAACUGGACAGGGCAGCAUUUCCUCUCAUCCUAAUGAGUGUCGAGAAGAAGGUGUGGGGACUCAUCCUGAGGCUGUAGAAAGGGAGACUCCUCCUGCCCUACACCUUGGACAUGCAUCUCUUAUCCUCAAACCCAAGGAAAUUCUUCCUGAUGGUGAAAGAUGCCCGUUUCCACUGGGUCCUGAAACCAUUGGCACUCUUGUAGCCGAGGUAGAUCUGCUGAACUUUGAGCAUGGACAUAUCUCUGAGGAGCACACUUCUGUUUUGGCGCAUCGUCCUAAGAAGGCAGAGUUAAUGUCCUCAAAUGCUAAAGCAAGGAAGAGCACUGUAGAGAAGUCUGAGUCUCUUCCCUUGGAAAGCCAAACUGCUGAGAGGCUACUGAAAGCAGAGGACGGUGGUCAGAGUAGCCUCCCUGGUGAGUUGUGUUCUGGAAGAGGAAUCGCCUCGUCCAAGCUGUCUGUUUCUCAGGCAGAACCCAGAGACAUUUCUCAGGAUGGCAUUUCUUUUUCUCAAGUAAUAGCUGCAGACACGCCACGGGAGACUGUUUUGCCAGAGUUAAAUUCUCUAGCAAUUGAAAAGAACAAAGGUAUUCAAUCCGUGGAUCAUGGAGAGAUUAAAGAGAUACGUUUAGGUGGUGGCUUUAAGGAGAAUCACCAGGCGAGGCUUUCUCCUGCCUCUAAACACCACAGUGUACAAGAAACAGAGAUAGACACCCCAGCUAACACUGCUUCUAUUCUCAGAAGUAAUCUGUCUGGGAUUAUACCUCCUGGUCCAGAGGAGAAAUCCACAAGGCACAUGGCACAGAACUGUAAAGCUAGCACUUGCUCAAUCAGCUCAUCUCUAGCUAUUAGUGUGAUGAAAAAGAGUUCUAGUGUCUCUGAAAUGGAAGAACUAGGUUUAGAUGAUAUUUCUCCAAAAUUCCAAGAAACUGACAAUACACAAGUAUAUUCAUCUUUUCUGGGUUCUGAUGCCCAUUUGGAGAAAAAUGUGUUUGCACCGGAGGACUGCAGUUCACUGGCUGUGCCUUCUCUACUGGGAUCAGAAGGGGAAGAAGCCUGUAGAGAAAACUUGUAUUUCCUGAGUGCUGGCACGAGUGCUGCAUCUUCCUCCUGUUGUCGCUCUAAGGGAGAUGGCACAGCUACAAAUUCACCUGACCUCCCAAGUCAUUUUGAGGCUUUAAGUGUUACUGUAAAUAUCACAUGUGAAGGUGCUUCUGUUACUGACACACUGGGCCAUAAUAGCUCUUAUUUGGAAUUAAAGACACCUAACCCAAAAGGGGCAGAAGUGACCCCAAUUCAGGGAUGUUUGGGGCCUCAUACCAGGAAGGCAUGUCUCGAUUCCCCAACCACUGCCUACUUUGACGGUCCCAUGAAGGCAGAGACAGGAACAGUUGCUGAGGCACCAGUGUCAGUUAACCGCUCAUGCCAGCAGUGUUCUGAGGCAUCUGCUGAGCAGACAGAAGCCAGGAAAGGAGCACGUGACCCACUUUUACUCAGAAGUGGUUUACUCACAAAAGCUGAUACACUGACUGAGGAGAUUUUAAGUUCUGUCAGGGAAGAACUGAAAUCCAAACGCACCGUUGGUACCUGCCAGGAGCAUCUCGCCAAAGAUGAUGUAAUGAAUCCAGGUACUGUGAAAGAAGCCAUCCCAUCAGAAGUGACAUUAACAGGGAUCCAAUUGAAAGAGAGUUCGGACGAGAAAGGCAUGGACAAUAUGUCAGAAGUCAAAGAGGAAGAAAAGGCCAGUGUUUCGCCCACAGUUAGUGAGACAAGUCUCCUUUUUGAUUUUGAUAGAGUGAAUUUAUCUUGUAUCUUAGAAGAACAGAGCAGUGAAUUAGUCAAUGAGGUUAUUUAUGCAGCCCGAGAAAAUUUGAUAAAUGAUGCUUUUGAUGAGAUUGAAAAUACCUGGGCUUCUGAACCUCAGGCUAACACUUCAAAAGUUUAUAAAUGUGGUGAUGUUAAACCACCUAUAGUUAGGGAGUUCUUGGUAUCGGAGCAGGCAGGGAAUCAAAGCACAUGUGAAAUUAGUGAAUAUAAAGUAUUAAGUAAAUCCUCCUCCAUAAGCGACUUAGUUAGUGGCACUGAGUCAAUGAAAGGAAGAGAAAUUAUUCCCUAUCAGCAGUUCCCAGGUUUUGGAAGUGAAGCUGGACAGUCUGACACUGUAAAUUUGCAAAAAUCAGAGACUGUUUUACAAGCUGAAGACAUGUCCCACACAAAGUUAGAUGACAGAGUGAAGCCACAUUUAUUUGUCAGUGAGGACUGUAAAAAGGCAGCAGAGUGUGUGGAUAAUCACAAAAUGGCAACAGAGGACACUAGAAUUCUUGUAUUAAAUUUCAACCUGCCUCCUUUUGCAAGUGAUGAUACUCAUGUGCCUAGCACCUCCAAAAGCAGUUUGUCUGAUAGCCUUGUAUGCAAAUCUGAAAAAAGUUUGCCAGGAUAUAGUAAAAGCACACCUCUUGCAAUGUUAGAUUUGGGGAAAGCACACCGAAAAGAUAAUGAAGUAAAUGCAGGGAAAAUCACAAUUAUACCUUCAUUGUUAGAAAUGGGAAAAACAGGUAAGAGGGAUGCUGAGAUGAACAUUAGGAAACAUGAAGCAGCACCUCUAAUGUCAUAUAAAGAGAAAACAUGUAAAAAGGGUGAUGAAUUAAACAUUACGAAAGCUGAGCCAGAGGCUGACAUUUUUACAAGGGGAGGUGUAUACCAAAUGGAUGCUCAGAUACAUGUUGAAAAACCUGAGGAAUUACCUGUCACUUUGGGAAUGGAAAAAGCUUAUAAGAUGGAUAGCAAAGGGGAUGUUAGCAAACCUGAGGUGAUGCCUGUUAUGUCAGAAAUGAAAACUACCCAUCAAAAAGACGCUGAGGGUGAUGUUGUAAAGACUGAGGUGACACCUGUUUCGAUUGAGAUGGAAAAUAUUUACCAAAAGCAUGCGGAAGGGGAUGUUGGGAAGACUGGGGUCGCAUCUGUUCUGUCAGAAGUAGAAAAUACCUACGAAAAAGAUUGUGAGGGCAUUACUUCAAAGGCUGAAGUGACAGCUGUUAUAUUAGGAAUGGAAGACACUUACCAAAAGGAUGAGCAAAGUGAUGCUGCAAAGACUGAUGGGAGAGGUGUGGUACCUGUUGAAUUAGAAAUGGAAGAGAUUUACUCAGAGGACUCUGGAGGAGAAAUUGACACAGCAAAAGGGGUGCCUGUUAGGUUAGAAGUGCUGAAUACGUAUCAGAAAGAUAAUGACUGGCUUACUGGAAAGAUGGAGAGACCUGUGCCUCCCCAAGGGGAUGCUGAAGAUGUCCUUAGAAAAGCUGAGAGGGUCCCAUUUGUGUUAGACGUGAAAGAAACACACCAAAACACAGUACAUUCUUCCUUGGACAUUUUGGAAAAAAGAGUCCAAAGAAGUAUCAGAGAGUCAAGUGAAAAUGAGUUGGUGCCUUCUAAGAUAGAGAUGGAAGUAACAGCUUCAGAAGAUUCUGGUGGCAGCAUCGAGAACCCCAAAUUAUCACUUCCAGAGGUAGCCAUUGAGAGAACAAAUGGAACAAGACCAGAGGUGAUCAUUACAAAAGUGGAGGUUAUGCAUCCUGUCUUUGAAAGUGAGUACAUGGAGAAGAGUGCUGGAGAAGCAGAAGAGCAGCCCACUGAAGUAAAGGAAGGACUGAUAACUCACGAUGACAGACUUGCUUCACAUUUCAGGGGCUAUGAAUCACCUACGUUAAGUAAGGAUUAUGAGGGCUACCCAGCCUUAACGAUGCCAGAUUUUCAAGAGGAGGACGCAGUGGUAAGGCUCAACAAAAUAGUGUCUGUUACUGCAGUAUAUGACAAGAGGGAAGAUCUGGACUAUCGAGAUGAGAAGGAAGAGCCGAAUGUAGCCUUUGUUUCUCAGGAUGAACAAGAGAAUGCUUCCUUUACUAUAUUGUACGAUGAGCCCCUUUUAGAGGAGGACAAGUACACUCCCACAGAACUACAGGGAACACGCUCUGGCUUGUUUUCUGACACCUCCUCCAACAGCCUGCCUGGCCUGGCAUGUGAAAGGUCUGAGAGCAGAACUGAUCUGGUCCAUCGUUUUGAAAAGGAAGGCAAACAGGGUGAGGCAUUUGAUGGAGACAAUUCAGACAUGCUCUUAUCAGUGGAAGCCAAAAGGUACAAAAUUUAUCCCUUAGCCCUGAGCCCCAUUUACGAGGACGACAGCUCACAGGAGGAUGGUUUAUCCAGCGAGGUCUCCCCUGGUCACCACGGCUCCACAAAAUCCAGGGAGAGCGCAAACCAGCCCUCGUCAGUCUUAUCCCUCCUCCAGUCAGUGUCAGAGCGCUUGCAGAGAAACUUUGAUGGAGACGACAGAGAGGUGGCUGAGGAGGAAGAGGAGGAAGCAGCAGCAGCAACUUCGGGUAAAGGCUUCAGAGCUGAAAGGAAGGAACGUGUCACCUUCUACUUGCCAGAUCCUUCCAUCACCUUUUACCCCGAAGAUGAACGGGAGAGUGCUGGAUUUUCCAGGUCCUACAUGGAGUCCAGUGAACCAAGGACCUCCAAUCUGCAGCUGGGCCCUUGGUCAGAAAAGGCGUCGUUUCUGCAAAAAUCGGAUCUGACUUCUAAGUUGCAUUCUUCCUUAAAGAGUGCCUAUAAUCAGUACUUGCAGACUUCCCGAACUCAUUCCUCAGAAACGGGAACCAGAUUUGGUAGUGCCUUUCAGGAACCAGUGUCCAAAUAUUUUCGAGUUCAAGACCACCCAGGCAGAUUGAGUGCGUACAUUGAGAAUAUUGACAAACAAAAUCUGAGGUGUAAUCCAAGGCCUGGGAAGAUGAUUAUCUAUGAUCUCCAUGGAAGUAAAUAUAAACAAGAGGUCUACUGUAACAUUCCUGAUGCUACAACAUGGUCUUUCCCGAAUGGGGCACUGAUAAAAGUUGUAAGGGGCUGCUGGAUUUUAUAUGAGAAGCCCUAUUUCCAAGGUCAGAAAUGUGUGUUGGAAGAAGGGGAAAAAGUGUUAAAUCGGGACUGGCUUCUUCAGAACAGGAGGCACCCAGAAAGAAACUUUGUACUGGGCUCUAUCAAGCGUGUCUUAAAGGAUUGCAGCAUUCCAGAGAUAGAGCUGUGCACACCGCCUGACCCUGGGUGCUACCCGAUCUACAUACACCGGUCUGUCCCCAAUCUGGAAGAACUCAACGUCCCCAAGUCUACAUCCUUCACUGUGCGAUCAGGAGUUUGGCUGGCCUACCCAGACAUUAAUUUUAAGGGGCAAGCUACAAUUUUGGAGGAAGACCAGGGCCUCUUUGAGAUUUCUGUAACAGAAAUGAAAUCACUGCAUCCUCUUCAGAUGGGUGGACUGAAAGUAGAAAUGCCUAUGAACUUAAAGGUUAUCAUUUAUGAAAAACCUUACUUCUGUGGACAUACCAAAGAGUUCAGUGAACAUAUAGAUUCUGUCCCUAAGUUUUUAAAAAGUGAUAAGGACUUCCGUGGCAUUGGAUCAAUUCGUGUCAUCGGUGGAGUGUGGGUUGCCUAUGACAAGGAACAUUUCAAAGGCCAGCAAUUCCUACUUGAAGAAGGAGACUUUGAAGAUAGCAGUACUUGUGGGGCAUUGAGUGUCCCCAUCAUGUCUUUCCGGUACCUACAAGCUAAUUUCAUAGAAUCUUCCAUCACACUGUUUGAAUCUGACCUAGAAAGUGGGAAAUUUAUUGACAUUACAAAUCAGGAAAUUUCUGACUUGGAAGAAAUCGGCUUUGGCAGUGAAACCAGAUCCAUUCACGUGAAGAGUGGCGCAUGGGUGGCCUACAACCAGAAGUUCUUCUGUGGAGAUCAGUACAUUUUAGAGAAAGGAAAAUACAAAUGCUUUUUUGAUUGGGGAGGAUCAAGUAAUACAGUCUUGUCAAUCCGACCAAUCCAGCUGGAGCCACUUGGGAUAAAUGAGCCUCCACAUUUGCUUAAAGCGUUCAGUAAAGCAGGCUUCCAAGGCGAGUGUAUAGAUUUCAUAAAAGAAUGUGCCGAUCUGACCUCGUUUGUGCCUUCAUCCUUUAAGGUUCUCCGUGGCUGCUGGCUCCUGUAUUACCAAGAAGAUGGUUUCUACCAUCAGUGUGUAUUGGAAGAAGGCCUCUACAUUGACCUUAUUUCCUGUGGCUGCCCAUCAGCUAGAGUCCGAGCGCUGAAGCCCAUUGACUACGUUUUUGAAGAACCUUCCAUCAGCCUUUUUGCCCUGGAACAUUGUGAGGGAAGAGAGUUACAUCUUGAAGACGCUGUGAAUUCUGUUUUGAACAAGGACUUACACUUCUAUACCCAGUCCGUGUGGAUUAAGAGUGGAUUGUGGAUAGCUUAUGAAGGAUCCAAUUUCUUAGGAAGGCAGAUCCUCCUUGUGCCUGAUGAGAUCCCAAACUGGACAGUGUUUAGUGGGUGGAAAACAAUUGGUUCUAUCCGCCCCAUGAAGCAGCCUGCAGUGUACAUCAGAAUAAGGAACCGGGCCAAGGAUGAGUAUUUGACAGUCAUUGGGAACCUAGCUGAUGCUCGGACAAUGUCUGUAUGCAUCUCUCCCUACAGUGGGAAGGACACUCAGAUCUGGCAUUACUGCCGAGGACUCUUUAAAUCCAAGGCCAGUGCUACAUGUCUUGAUGUGAUUGGUGGUCGGGACACACCUGGAGCCAAGGUAGCAUUGUGGACUGAACAUGGGCAAUUCAGGCAGAAGUGGAGACUGAACAGAGAUGGAACCAUCAGCUCUUACCUCAGUGAUGAGCUUGUCCUGGAUGUUAAAGGAGGAAACUAUUAUGACAAGACUCAUGUCAUUAUAAAUCGUCCCUUGGAGAGAGAAGAAACACAGAAAUGGGACAUUGAAAUCUUGUGAGAGGAUCACACAAAGGCACCUCCACCUACUCAUGCCCUGUGUGCAUGGGAAGGAAGCUGCUGUGUCCACAUUACUGUACUGCUCACAGAAAGAACUUUCUCCCAAGCGCUGAAACUGCUGCUCCAUGGAAAAGCUAAAAUAUUCUCACUGGUUA